AUGCUCAUCCCAAUUCAGCUCAUCUUUACCGGUCUCCUGGCGCUCCUAGCGGCGCUGCACGGGCCCAACCUGCUCGACGUGCACGGCAUCGACGUGCUCAUUGAUGGCGUCGUCACCGGUGUCGUCGUUGCUCGCGACCGCACGGACUAUCUCGUUCGGACAGUCGUCGACUCGGCGGUGUCGAGCACGUUCCGGUUGUUCGACACCCCUCCCCAGACAGCCCUCCGAGACUGUGGUCGCGUCGACGUUAUCUACGUACCGGUUCUCGUGGGCAAUGUGUCAAUGAACCUGGACAACAUGGUCUGCCCCGCCGUCUGGGAUGUGUUCAUGGCGCCCGACAUCGUUCUCCCUGCGGCCUCAGCACCGUCAAGCCCGCACGUCAAGGGCCGUGAUACGUCGUUGUUCGCACCGCUCGUCGACGUUGUCAACACAUCCCGGCCCUUACCAUGGACGCUCAUCACGACGCAACCUGCCUCGACCGUCGACGUCUUCACGAUGCCCUCCACACUCCCACUCGAGGGCAUCACCUUGUUUGAUCUCAUCACCAUUCUCCUCAUCAUGCCUGUGGUCGCUGUCGCGUUCCUCAUGAAGCACAGGGUGCCAUCCAAGAUCCGGAAGCAACUGAACGUCGAAGCGGGGCCUAGAGCCUCUCCGUUCAACCCAGCUAUGCCGGACACGCCCAAGCCUUCAACGCCGCAUAUCACCACAUCGGAGACUCCCGAGACCCCCGAGGGCUACUACGUCGACCUCGAGUACACCCCAGACCCCGUCGAGUUCUUCAUGUUUGUCUUCACUGACGUGACCGACUUUCUCCUGGGACUCGUCAAGGACGUCGUCUUGCCUUCAUCGAUCUCAAAGGACGACGAAACACUUGGAUGCUUUAAUUCUUUCUACGAGUUUAUGGCCGAGCUUAAACUAGUUCCCUCGGUCCUCGAGAGUGUCGACGCGUGUGGGCAGCAGAGUCCGGUACUCUCGUCCCCGUCGAUGCCCUCUAACGUUGUAGAAGACAUUCAAGUGUCCCCGUCCCCAGUCGAAGAUGAUGUUCACAUGACCGUCCCUCCCGCAACUUCCCCUGCUCCUCCCACGGCACCGUUACCGUCGCCUCUUCUCCCCGCCUUCUCCCUCUCCUCGCUACCUGCUAUCAAGUCGCCCGUCGCGCAGCCAUCUAAACAGCCAAGCAAGUCAUGGGCAUGGGCCAUCGAUCUAUACCUGCGCAUUCGGGCCUCGCAGGAUAUUCAGGAUAGCAAGCCAUCUCAGUCUGCAUCUCCAGAUCCGACGAGGUACCGUCCUAUGCCGUACUUCAAGAAUGGCACACUCCAAGAAGGCAUCGUCGAUACGCACGUCGGAUGGAACGAGCCACUCGCGUUCCCAGACGCGGCCGAGGAGAACGAUCCGGUACCGCGGUCGGUCGCACGAGAGCGGCUCUACGACGUGAUGAAUAGUGGCGUUGCGCGCAAGACAUCCGGCGCGAGCGUCGAGCCAAUGUACAUCCCAAGGACGCGGAGACGGAAGCGACGAAGGAAGGGCGACGCCCCCAAUGUCACAGAAUCGAGCGGAGCGACAGCUGAUAGUGAUGCGCCUACUACGUCUGCGUCUGCCCCAAAGGCCGCACAGCCGCCUCUCCGGCAGAGGCCUGUCAUCGCGCGAGCGGGACUCGCUGCGGUCCGAGGCGUACUGGCACCCCCACCCCGCCGACCCAGAGUACCGGCUGUCGCUCCCGUCUCUCCCGUCUCUCCCGUCUCUCCCGUCUCUCCCGUCGCCCCUCCCCCGCCUCCGCCAAGGAUCACAUCGAUUGUGGUUCACAAUGCAAGCCCAUCCACGAAGCCUGGUCUGCUUCCUCCUAGAUCCCCCAUCCUCCCUCCGUCCGACGACCACUGGAAACCCUUGAUCCGCUCCAACGAAUCAUCCUCCUCCUCCUCCAAACUGCCUGCAGCUCGUGUCCGUAUGCUUCCCCCUCCCUCCUCUGACGCUCCCAGAAUCUCUCGCGGACCUUCUAUGACUGUGGAACAAUCGCUAUUCAAUGUGCCUGUCCGCGUCAUUUCUGGCAAGCGAGGCAAGGGCAAGCAAGUCUCUCGGUCAAUGGUGUUCCAUGAGGCACUCGACUCGCUUCAGGAAUCACACGAGGAAUCCGAUACCCCCACCGCCAUUCAGUGA